AUGACCGAAGAGCAAAUACCGAACAGUUUAUUCGACCUGCAAUACCAGCAAAGAUACAAGAUUCAGAGAAUGGGCUUUGGUCUGUCCAUGCCACUACAGGGCAGGCCGAUUGCAGAAGAUGGAAUGUAUCAUUUUUGGCACUUUUUUAGAAGCUUGCCUUUUAUCAAGCAAUCAAUCCAGAAAAAAAUUGACAGUUCAUCUAGAGAGAUUGAAAGCCAGUUGCAGAAAGGAUUGGAGAAUAAAGUUUUUAUUAAAAAUAUGCCAGAAAAGAAAUGGUCUAAAGAGGAUAUUAUGAAAGAACUGAACCAGUAUCUCGGUUUUGGAGAUUUUGCCUGGAAUGAAGGCUAUGUCUCUGGUGCAGUUUAUUCUGGAAACGACAAGGAGCUUUAUAAUUUGAUGAAGGAAGUAUAUGGGGCAACUUCCUACACAAAUCCUCUUCAUCCAGACGUGUUCCCUGGCAUACGAGUUAUGGAAGCUGAAAUAGUCCACAUGGUGGCUUCUCUGUUCCAUGCACCCAAAGCCAUUGGUACUGUUACCAGUGGAGGUACAGAAAGCAUCUUUCUAGUGUGCAAAGCCUAUCGUGAUUUUGCAAGGUUUGAAAAAGGAAUUAAAAGUCCUAAUAUGGUAAUACCUGUUACAGCUCAUGCAGCUUUUGAUAAGGCUGCUCAUAUGUUGAAAAUUCAAGUGAAGCAUGUUAAGUUUGAUCCUAAAACUACCAAAGUUGACAUCAGGGCCAUGAAAAAAGCUAUUGAUAGUAGUACUUGUAUGCUUGUUGGAUCAGCACCUGCCUUUCCUCAUGGAAGUAUUGAUUGUAUAGAAGAAAUUGGAAAACUGGGUUGUCAGAAUAAAAUCCCAGUUCAUGUGGAUGCUUGCCUUGGAGGAUUUUUGAUACCUUUCAUGGAAGAGGCCGGACAUUCUGUACCCCCCUUUGAUUUUAGGCUGCCUGGAGUCACAAGCAUAUCUAUUGACACUCACAAGUAUGCGUAUGCACCCAAAGGUUCAUCUGUCAUCUUGUACAGAGAAAAAAUCCAUCGUCAUUACCAGUUUUCUGUUCAACCUGAUUGGCCUGGUGGCAUUUAUGGUACUCCAAAUCUUGGAGGAAGUCGUUCAGGUGGAGUCAUAGCAACAUGUUGGUCUGCUCUGUUAUUUCAUGGCAAAGAAGCAUAUGUUGAAUGUACUAAAAAAAUAAUUGAUGUCACGAAGUACAUUGAAGAUGGCCUAAGGAAAAUUCCUCAUAUUCAUAUAAUUGGUAAACCAGAGGUGAGUGUCAUUGCCAUCGGCACGCAGUACUUUGAUAUCUAUCGCCUGAGUGGUGCCCUUACCCACAAAGGUUGGAAUUUGAAUGCGCUGCAGUUUCCCUCUGGGUUUCACCUGUGUGUUACUCAACAACAUACGAAAGAAGGCGUUGCCGAUAAGUUUUUGAAAGAUGUUCAAGACUGCACUGAGGAAAUUAUGAAACAGCCCAACUUACCCACCACUGGAACAGCAGCUAUAUAUGGGAUGGCUCAACAAAUUCCAGAUAGAUCUGUGGUAUCUGAACUGGUUUGGACUUAUCUGGAUGCUUGCUACAGUAUCAAAACCGACUCUUGAACACAUAUUAAUCUAAUACAAAGUGAAGAUCUGAAUUAUACCUACCAUCUUAUUUUUACUCUGUUUUAGAUUCUGAAAUAAUUUUAGUUUUAUAAAAUAUGUUAUUUGAAUUUAUAAGGCAUAAAUUAUUUUUUUAUUAUUUUAAAGAAUUGAAGCAUUUGUCUUUUCACUUGCUAAAUUUUUUUUAUUUUUUAAACUAAAGUUUUAUCUUAAAUGCACAAAAGAAAUUUUUGUUUCAAUGUAAUUAUUCAUUUUGUAUUGAUAGAUUAAGUUUUGUUAUUCACUAUAUUUUUCUUCACAUUUUUGUACUCAAUAAUUCAGAAUUCAUAUCAUAUCAAGUAAGUGACAUCCAUGUAUUUUGUGGAAAAUGUACAAAGUUAUUUUUACAAGAAUGACAAUUUCAUGAAAAGCUUAAAUCUUAAGGCAUGAAAUUUCUAUAUACAGUGCACAGAUCUGUUGCCAAAGUCGUAAAGAAUUAGUUCUUCAAUACGUAGAAUAAAUAAACAUAAUCAUGGGGGUGGGGGGGGAUUUAAAUAAUGCACUCACAUGCUCUUACAUUCACUUUUAAGGAUUUAAAACAACUCUUUUCAUUUUGAUCGCUAAUUUAAGGUUUUGAACAUUUUAUUUCGGCAUUUAAGACAUCUUUUAACUUUUUGGUGAACAAAAAAAAAAAAAAAAAAAAAUUACCAGACAUCCAAACUAAACUCAUUUCUCAUCAUAGUGAAGGGGGGGGGAGGAGAUCUUAGUUGAACAGUCUACAUUGAAGGCAUUAGUUUCUGAAUUGCAAAGGAAAGACCGUUAAAAAAACUUAAUGUCCAUAUCUUCAAAAGAAUCCUACUCAGUGACUAUGCCUAGAAAAAGCACCUAUGCUGAAAUGAACUGUCCCUGCUUUUGCUGCAUGUCUUUAAAUGUGAUAAGAUAUUUUGCGUUCAAAAGCUAGAAAUUUAGAUUGAAUAUACAAUUUUAGACUUUCAAACAAAUUAACUAGCUGCCCAGUGGUGCAGCCAGGGCAGUGGUUUUAGGAUCAAAACCACUCUCAAAACUUGAACACAUUCAUCACCCAAUACAAAUCAGGGGAAAAAGACAAUAUUUAAACUUUCCUAAGCGGGAUAGGUUUUAACAAAAUAUCUUACUGUUUUUUUAUAAGGUUAAGGUAAAGCAAAUGAUAAAUAUACUGGGCUUUUCUCCCAUUUCAAAGUCAUAGCGAUAUGAAUAUGAAUUAAUAAUUAUUUUUCAGCAAGUGUUAUAAAUGAAUGAUUGGUAAGCCAUAGAAACUCUUUGACUAAAUAUAUUGAACAUUUUAUCAUUAUAAAUGCAAACAAAGAAAGCAACAAUUUUUGAUUUUGAAAACCCUUCCCAGAAAUUUUUUCUGGCUGCACCACUGUUGCUUUCAUGUUUAAUUGUUGUUGUUUUCUAUAAUGCUAAAAAGUAUUUGUCAAUAUAUUUUUUAAUGCUUCCAACUGCAACAUAAAAUACGUUUUUCAUUAACAUUUUAUAUGAUUUCCUCGUUUUUCAUAGUCAGCAGUAAAUACUAACUGUGCAGUUUAGCAAUCCAGACUUUGAGGAGUAACAUAUAUAAUUCAGUAUUAUAUUAUUCCUGAUAAAAUUGUCUGCUAAUUGCUUGAGUAUGGAUUUUGUAUAGCUUGUAGUCGUGCAAUUUUUACUGAAUUCUACAGGUUUAGUUUGAAAAUGUUUCCUUAUUUAAAAAUAUCUGCCGACACUAAUCACAAAGUUAAUUGCUAUUGUUAUUAAAAAUUAAAUUUUUUUCCAAUCUUUUGUGAUAAUUAAAAGUGACUCACAUUUGUCUUAAAAUAAAAUACAUGUGCAGUGUUGUGCAUAUAAUGUCACACACACAUGCACAACCAUUAGUUAAUAUAAAAAGUAGGUUUUGAUGAAAAUGCAACUCUACUGGAAUCUCUGCCAUACUUUCAAAUCAAGGAACGUAUGUUAAUCUUGAAAAAGAGGGACAGGACCAUUAUUUCAAAACUUUCCAGUGUGUAUGUGUGGGGGGGGGGGGCUAUGUACUAGUGUAUUCAAUUCAUACGAAUGACCCCCUCCCCCAAAAAUGCACACACAUACAUAAAUUCAUCCUAUUUCUCAAAGGGAGAAUUCCUUUCUAUCCCAUGAAAUGAUGUAUCUGAAUAGUGAUAUUUGAUUGUCUUAGUUUCUGUAAAAUAUAAAAAAAAAGAAAGUAAAUAGUUUUCGCCGUAAAAUCAAGGCUGUAAUUUGAAGUAAGCUCCUUCAGUAUUGAAAUCUAAGUGAUCAGAGAAAUUAUUACCUUACUGGCUUUAUAGGGGAGAACACAAUGACCAAUUUCAUCUGUAAAUAUUUAUAUGCUUUCAAGUUCACAUCAUUCUUCUGAAUACGCUAUUUAUUUAUUAAGUGAAUGAAAUUAAAAAUCUUGUAGCGUUGAAUUCAAAGUUUUACUAUUAUGUGUUUACACUUCAUAAUUGUCUGUAUUUCUAAAUAAUAUGACGUUACAUAACAUACUAUGCUUUUAUUGUCUGAUGAAUGCAAUGGCCCUAAUUCAAUUGUAUAUAUUUUGUUUUCAAGUUUAUUAUUCUGAAGAAUAUUUUCUAACUUAUGCUUAACAUUAUUUAUUAAGGUGAAUGAAAUCAAAAUCUUGUGGCAUUAAAUUGCAAUGUUUUACUAUUAUCUAUUUACACUUUAUAAUUCUGUAUAUGUUUAUCAAUAAGAAAAAUUUGCA